UCCUGGAGGAGGGCGGCCGCGCAGCCUCUGAGCGCGCGUGCGCCGUCCGCGAGCCCGUCUGCCUGCCCAGCCUGUCCGUAACUCUCUGUGACCAUCCUCUCUGUCCACUUGUCUGUCUGCCUGUCAGCUCAUGUCUGUCUGUCUGUCUCUGGCCCCAUCAACCUCUCCAGACACCUGAGUCCACCUGUGUCUCUACUUGUCCAUUCAUCCGUCUGUCCCCCUGUCUAUAUCAACUCUUUUGUCUGCCCACCUGCCUUUCGGCUCUCUCUGGGCCACCGAGCCAUGGCCUGGGGCCGCGGGGCCACGGUCAGCCUGGUUCUGCUGGGGCUGGGGCUGGCCAUCACUGUGCUAGCUCUGGUCCUCUCCCGCCACCGUGCCCCCUGUGGUCCCGAGGCCUUUGCCCAUGCUGCCGUAGCCGCCGACUCCAAAGUGUGCUCAGACAUUGGACGAGCCGUCCUCCAGCAGCAGGGCUCGCCUGUGGACGCUGCCGUAGCGGCGCUGGUCUGCACUGGUGUGGUCAACCCUCAGAGCAUGGGUCUAGGCGGAGGGGUCAUCUUCACCAUCUACAAUGCAACAACAGGGAAGGUGGAGGUCAUCAAUGCUCGGGAAACAGUGCCAGCCAGCCAUGCCCGGGGCCUACUGGACCAGUGUGAAAAGGCCCUGCCACUGGGCACAGGGGCGUGCAGUGCAGGAGCCCAGUGGAUUGGAGUUCCUGGGGAGCUCCGAGGCUAUGCUGAGGCCCACCGUCGCCACGGCCGCCUGCCUUGGGCGCAGCUAUUCCGGCCCACCAUCACACUGCUCCAGAAGGGCUUCCACAUGCCUGAAGUCCUCGGCCAGUUCCUCAACAGCAGCCUCCUGCGACCCUCCUUGUAUGCCUCUAGCUUGAGAGCCCAGCAGACACAUGACUAUCCGAUAGGACCGGGUUCCACCCUGAAGUCGCUCCCUGCCACCCCCUCCCAUACCAGGCAGCUCUUCUUCAACGGGACAGAACCCCUGAAGCCUCAGGACCCAUUCCCUUGGCCAGCCCUGGCCACCACCCUGGAGAUGGUGGCCACAGAGGGUGCAGAGGUCUUUUACACAGGCACGCUGGGCCACAUGCUGGUGGAGGACCUUGCCAAGGAAGGGAGCCAGCUCACUCUGCAAGACCUGGCUGCCUUCCAGCCUGAGGUGGUGGAUGCUCUGGAGAUGCCCUUGGGAAACUACACCUUGUACUCACCACCGCCGCCUGCAGGGGGCGCCAUUCUUAGCUUCAUUCUCAACGUGCUGAGAGGGUUCAACUUCUCCGCAGAAUUGGUGGCCCAGCCUGAAAGGAAAGUGGACAUGUACCAUCAUCUUGUGGAGACGCUCAAGUUUGCAGCGGGACAGAGGUGGCGGCUGAGGGACCCUCGCAGCCACCCGGGCACCCAGAAUGCCUCCCAGGACCUGCUGGGAGAGGCUCUGGCCCAGCACAUCCGCCAGCAGAUUGACGGCCGCGGUGACCACCAGCUCAGCCACUACAACCUGGCCAGAGACUGGGACCACAGGAUGGGCACCUCCCACGUGUCUGUGCUGGGAGAGGAUGGCAGCGCCGUGGCCGCCACCAGCACCAUCAACACGCCCUUUGGGGCAAUGGUUUACUCUCCACGCACGGGCGUCCUUCUCAACAACGAGCUGCUGGACUUGUGCUGGAGACGCUCGCCAGGUUCCAGCGUCACCCCCACGCCCGGUGAGGACGUUCCAGGUGAGCGGCCACCUUCGUCUAUGGUACCCUCCAUCUUGGUGGACAAAACCCAGGGGUCGAAGCUGGUGAUUGGCGGGGCUGGCGGGGAGCUCAUCAUCCCUGCUGUGGUCCAGACCAUCGUGAAUAGACUGUGGCUUGGCUCUGCCCUGAAAGACGCAAUCGCAGCCCCCAUCUUACAUGUCAACAGUGAGGGUCACGUGGAGUACGAGCCCAGCUUCAGCCAGGAGGUACAGAAAGGGCUCCAGGAUCGUGGCCAGAGCCAGAGCCGAAGGCGCUUCUUUCUGAACGCGGUCCAGGCUGUGUCCCAGGAGGGGGCGUGUGUGUAUGCAGCAUCCGACCCGAGGAAAGCUGGAGAGGCCGCAGGGUACUAAGAUCACCUUGUCCAGGGCCACCGUCAGCCUUGUGCCUGUGCCACACCAGGCCGGGGGACUUUCCCUUUCUCAAAUAGAUAAAAAUAAAUAAAAUAUUUUUAAAAUUUA